CUCCCUCUGCCCGCCCCCAGCCACACCGCUCUGCUCCCCUCCGCACGCGCCGUCCCCGACCCGCGACCACCGACAGCCGCAGCCGCUCGUGGCUGGCCAGAGCCCGCCGCCGGAUGCUGCGCUCGCCCGGCUGGCGCUGAGCUCCGCCGGACACCACUCGCCCGGCUCCUGCCCGCCACAAAGGAGGGAAGAAUCCCGAGGAAGCGACGCGCCUCCCGCGGGGAAGAAGCCGGGCAGCGGGUCGGUCCGGAUGCGGUGAGCGCAGCGUCGCCUCCGGGGCUGCCUUAGCGGAAGGAAGGAGAGGGAGAGAGAGAGAGAAGCAGGGAUCGGGCACCGCCAGCCACCACCAUGGGCUGCUGCACCGGGCGCUGCACGCUCAUCUUCCUCUGCGCGCUGCAGCUGCUGGCUGCAUUAGAGAGGCAGAUCUUUGACUUUCUUGGCUUCCAGUGGGCUCCUAUUCUUGGCAAUUUUCUACAUAUAAUAAUUGUCAUAUUGGGUUUGUUUGGAACCAUCCAGUUUAGGCCUCGAUACAUAGUUGUGUACACGGUGUGGACUGCCCUCUGGGUCACCUGGAAUGUUUUCAUUAUCUGCUUCUAUUUGGAAGUAGGCGGGCUUUCUAAGGAAACUGAUCUCAUGACCUUUAACAUUUCAAUGCACCGUUCCUGGUGGCGAGAGCAUGGGCCAGGCUGCAUACGGAGAGUGGUGCGCCCUUCAGCCCCUGGGAUCCUAGACGAUUACUCCUAUGUCUCUGUGACGGGCUGCAUCAUUGACUUCCAGUAUCUCGAGGUCAUUCACAGCGCCAUCCAAAUAUUACUGUCUUUGAUUGGUUUUGUGUAUGCCUGUUACGUGAUCAGUGUUUUCAUGGAAGAAGAGGACAGCUUUGAUUUCAUAGGCGGACUUGACACAUACUGCUAUCGGCAACACCCUCUGGAACAUGUUGAGUUAAAGCCUGUCGAACUAAGUAAUGAACAUUGACUCAGCAGUGCUGCUGUUGCUGAAGAAACAGACUUCAGAAGAAAAGACCAACUUUGUGAACCGUUGUCACAGAAGAGACAUGUCCUAUAUUUCUCACAGAGUGUGUGGAUUGCUCUUCCCAGUGUGACUGAAUCCUUCAGUCGCAGCCUCAGUAUCAUUAUCAGCAUUGCCAUUAGAUGGAUACUUGUAGAUGAUAUUGAAUUUUUUAAAUUAUUUACUUAUAUGGACACUUGUAAAUUGUAAAUUGUUUUCUUUUUUUAAUUUUGUUUUUUUACAAUACCUAGUGUUAAGGCAUGAAAACAAAUCAACCUGUGAAAAUUCUAAGAGAAAAAUGUGUGUUUCUCAAGAAACUCAGUAUUUCUGGACUGAUACAAUCAUACUGUGCCUGACAAAGAUAGUGUUGGUAAAUGAUAAUAUGACUCCAGAAUACGUCAGGGGUUAGACACCUAUAGUGUAAUAUGGACUGUCUUCAAUAAUGUAUCAGACAUUCACAAAGUCUGCACCUAAUGUUGGUUGAGCUACUGUAAGUAGUAGAAACUGAUAAAUAAUUCUUCUUUUCCAGAUGUCCUAAUUACCAAUAUGCUUGUCUAAAUAUUCCAAUUCAUAUAUGGUUUCUUCUCCCUCUUUUCGUCUCCUCCCCUGCACCCACAAACAGUAGUUGUCUGUGAGUUGAAGAGAAGUGAAAUGGAUGUUCUCUAUUGAUGUCAGUCUCCAAGAACCCUUAAAAGCAGGGCUCUUUUAGAUGUCUGUAAUUUGCACAUUUUUUUUACUCUUUUCCCCUCUUCCCAGGAAGAAGCCAAGCAUGAAUGUACAAUAUAGGCACCAUCUACAGCCUUAGGAGUCUCUGGGGUGAAUUUUGUUCUUCAUUUAAAAGUAAACAAGAAGAUCUGGAUAUGAAAAUGUGUAUAAAAGUUUGUAAAAUUUUCUGUAAAUACUUAUCGAAAAAGGACAUGUAUGUAACUGUGCGGCAUUUUGUUUUAUAUUCAGUCACCACCAGUAUAAAAAGAAAAGUCAUACGCAAAAGCUAUUUUCUGUGGGGAGUUGGCAGUCUUUUUCGCAAGACUUUUUUCAUAAUUUCUUUUUUAUUAAUUACUAUUUAGAAUAUUGCAUAUGGUACAAGGCUGAGAGAGUGAAGUCCUCUGUCUCUCCAUGGAACCAGUACUCCCUCCAUGGAACCAGUACUCCCUCGGAGGCAGCAUCACAAGCUUCCUCAGAAAGGUCUGCCAAUCAGCCUCAAGUUUUGGAAGAAAAACCUGUAGGGCUGUGAGAGCACUUCCAUCUUUGUGCUUACUCAGUUUGUUACUUCUUUGAUGAAACUGUCAGGAGGGAUGGUAUUUGUGAUGUGCACACCUGCACCUGUCCAUUAGGAACUGGACCGAGGCCACCAGGUUCUUCCAUAUAAGCCACAAAGAGUCUUCAGAUGCUAAUGAUUUCUUGUCCAUCAUCAAUGGGCUGAGGCAUACAGCCCCUCAACUAAUUGUCUUAUGUGAAGCUUACUUCACUUGCAUUUUCUGUUACCAACAGAUUACAACUAGACUAAAGCUUGCCUUGGUUCUUUACAUUGGAAACUAUACUUGUGCUAUUUACCAACAAGAACCUAAUCAAAAAGUCAGCAAACACAAUGCUGUCCAUCAUUUUUAGAUUGUUGAGCCCAGAAGGUCUUGUGGUGCUUGCCCUUUUUUCACAUUCAGCUCAACCAAAGAUCACACUGUCUUUUGUGAAGAAAUAGAUCUUGCCGUAAUUUCACGUAGGCUACUUUUUCCUGAAACUAUGUACGAAACAACUGCCAAGCCAAGAACAAGCAAGAAUGACAAUGCAAUAAAAUCACGUGUCAGUAUUUUCUGUGACUAGGCAGUACAGGACAGUAUGCAGCGCUAGAAGUCAAAUAGUGCCAAAAAAGAGGAUACUUUGUGCAAAAGAUAAUACCACAUUUCUCUGAGUCUCUGUGUUCUUCUGUUGUUCCCUGCUGCACCCUGAUGCCAGAUACUUGGUCUGCCCUGUCUUGAACUCCUAGUCUUCUGAGAAUGUCAAAAAUGGGUAGUUUGUCACAAAAAUAAUAGGAGAACUCUGUCAUUUUUGAGACACCACAGCUGGACCUCAGAAGACCAAACUGCAGAACAGUUAAUAUUUGUAAAUCACUUAUAUUUGACAAAAUGGCCCUCGGUAGAGUUUAUUGUUUGAGUGUGUACCGGUGCGCGUGAUUUAGUUUCUUAUACAUACAGCCUUACAUAACAACCUAUAAGCAUAUGAUACAGCUAACAGAUGCCUACAGCUUUCUCUUAUCUAUGUCAGUGCACUUCAGAGUCGAGGAUUUUUUUUGAAAAAGUUUUGUUAAAACUUGUUUACGUGCCUGAAUACUCCACUUUUCCCCUGCUCUGCACACACAGGGGUGUUCAGCAUAUAUUCCUACAGUUCCUCCCUGCGGCCGGAGCCUUUGCCCAUCCCAGGGAGUGGUGGGAGCUGCUUUUGCUGCAGUGUUUAGCUACACAUACCCUACAUGCCCCCAGCAGCGCAGUCAAGGCCACACCUUUGACUGCAGUGUAGACAUACCCUCCAGUCGCAACAUUUAUUUCCUACCCUAAGUGAAGGGGAAAGUUGGUCAUCUCAAAUACCACCAGUAACAAACUCUGAAUUUUUAAUGGCAAGCACUGUAUGCCUCUCUGAGCCAGGCUGUUUAAUUUCCUUUCACUUUAGGUUUAUCUGAUUAAAAAAAAACAACCCAGCAAUCUAUCAAGGUCCUAUAACAGUGUUUGACAGUGGCAAACAAAAUUGACAUCCCAAACUAAUUGGCUUGCCUCCUUCUAGAAUUAGUCUCAUUUAGUUUAAUUAUAAUAAAUUACAAGCUGGGAGCUGUUUUUUGCAGUGAAUAAGUUUUCUUCCAACACAGCAAAAGACUCAAUAUUUACAUACCCCAUUUCUACAUACCUUCUGUGAGAAACCACUUCAGCUCUUAUCCAGCAUAUAAAAUCUUCAGCCAGAAACUGCUUGUUUAAAAGUCUUCACUCCAGAUCAUUUACAGUGUUGUUAUAAUUGUGAUAGUCCCAAAAUAUUAGAAAGGCAAGGAGGGCAAGGUAAUAUCUUUUAUUGGACCAACUUCUGUUGGUGAAGAAGAGCUCUGUGUAGCUCAAAAGCUUGUCUCUUUCACCAACAGAAGUUGGUCCAGUGGAAGAUACUACCUCACCCACGUUGUCUCCAGACCCUCAUUCAUCAUUUACGUAUUUGGGGUUAAACCCUGCAAAGUUCUCAGCACUCUCAAAUCUCAUUGAAGUCAGUGGAAGUUAAUGGCAGUCAGCCAUUCAUGUGUUCCUUGUGCAUGUCUUUGCUAUAAUUUACCACCUGUUGGCUAACCUUUUUAUCUACCUUAAUAAUAAUAAUUAGUACUUAUUUGCAGAUAAACUCCAAUUAUCAAUAACUUAAACAUUUUGAAAUAUCUAAAAUUCAGAAAUAUCUCCCGAAAUCAGAAUUUUAUUUUUCCAAAAUUCUGAUCUUCUGAUGUAUCCCCCCCAUAGUAUAUUAAUCACUGUAGUGCUUCACAUGUUCAAAUUGUUUAACAAAUUAGUCUCCUCAACAGCCUUGUGAGACAGGUAUGUACGUAGUAGUAGCCUCAUUUUACAGAUGGGAAAGUUCAGUGUAUGUUUUAAGUGCAUUUAUCUGUGACAAAGACGCCUAUCUAGAUGAAAUAGCAUUUAAAUAUAUUUCCAUCACAUUUGCUUUGUCAGUUCUUUCAUCCUUCAAUACUCAGUACUUCUCUGAUAUAUCUAAAUUACUAUAUAAUCUAUAUUUGUAUUGUGACAUUUAUCUGGACGAGGGUGCCAAUAACACUGUUAUGAUGCUGAGAAAUAUAGCCAUGUAAAAUGAUUCCAUUGCAUAGUGCUCAUUGGUAAGGCUGACUAUUUGCAAUGAAACCAAAGGCAGUGUACAGAGCAGACAAACUGGACAGCCUGCCUCCUGUUUUCUUCCCACAUUUCAGAGUGAGACAGAUAGAGGAGUAACAUAAAGCAAAGGAUCUGGGCUGGAAAAAAACAGUAAUAAAUGAUCAAAUUUCAGGUGUAACUCCAGUGAAGUCACAAGGGUUAUAAAGGGAUGAAUUUGGCCACGGGCAUCUUGUCUGCCUUCUAACUGCAUAGAUACUUGUAUUGAUUGUUAUUUGACAGCCUUUUCUAAGGUGUGCUCUUUACCUCACUGUUUGGCUGACUGUUUACAACUGAUUGUACUUUUCACUGUAAUUUCUGUUUCUUGCAUGUCCAUUAUGUGUAAUGUUUAUGUUUACAGGGGUCUUUAUUUUUAAACAAAUGAAACAUCUGGAUCUAAUCCCUACUCCCCAACUUUCACUUGCAUCUGCUCAUCAGUUCCGCUUAGCAUGACAGGAGAGCAUGUGAAGUGCUUCCUUGUUGUAGGUCUUCAGGGAAUAAUUGCCAUUGCAUGUCUGUUGCCAUUCAAGACUAGCACCAUAAUUGGGAGCGAGUACCACUAAAUAACAGCUAUGUCCCAAACACUGCUGAGAAGCCACUGAUGUUCUCAUUCUAUUGCUAGCACCACAAGGAAUUAUUGAACAGUGUAACUGACAUCACAGUGUAUGAGCUGUUUUUCCACAGUUCCCUAGUUACUUAAUUCCAAUCAUAUAAAGGCAUGUUUUCAAAAUGCUUUUGGACACGUGUGUCCCAGGCUAAACCCACUGAAGUUGUUAGAGUUACACCUGAGAUUAAUUUGGCUCAAAGACACUACCAUUAACCUAUUCCCAGGUGUUACAGGAAAAUAGUAUACCCGAUCAAUUCAUGUGGUAUCAUGUUGAUGGAGGGGUGACAGCAUUUCCUAGCAUGUGACAUGCUUGAAGUGAAAGGCAUGUUAUAUGUAAGCCAAUCGGUUCUUAUGGGGUAUAAAUCAGUGCAAAUGUUGGCUCAUAGUGUUAAGUAGAAUAAAGGAUAUAUUUUGUUUACCGCUACAGAGUGAUUACAUGAAAUCACCUGUGCUGCAGUAUCUGUAGCCAAAACCAAUGCACGGCAGUGAAGAAUUCAGUCCUGUAGCAACUCAUUUAAGCAACCACACUAUGAUAUUAGUAACAUACUAAAAACCUAGGUGAUUUUCUACCAUCUGUACACUCCCCUGAUCCUCAGGUCUGCCACAGCCCCCAGCAUAAAUCAGAGCAGACUCAGUUGCCCUAAGAAUUUAGACCCUAUGUCAGUGGGGCUGGGGGCGGGGAGGCGGGGCUGGUUCAGGAUUCUUCUGCACUCAGGGAAUCUUCAGCUGAUGCUUUGAGGGAGCUUUAAUUUCCCCUUGCACCACUCUAGUAUGGUAUGCUCCAGCAGUGCAAGGGGGACUUAAAAAGGGAUGAGGAUCUUUACUGAUCACCAGUAAAAAAAAAUGACAUGCAUGGCUUAGUGUAAUCUAGUCACUAGUUUCUAGAGCUAGGUGCCAUCACCAGUGAGUAACCUAUACUCACAGGAUGUCCUUGAAUGCUGAAUUUUAUGUUUGGAGUCUCUCUGAGACCCUGGCCUUGUCUAUUCCAGCUAGCCAAAGGCAUAAGCUGCUCUCAGGAAAUGAGUUUCUGACACACUGACGAUGGCAAAAUAUAACUUUGGUGUUCCAGCUAAAGUUGUCGCUGUUCUGGUUAAACCCCACUUCAAUCCCAUUUUUAAUCUCACCAGGUAGGAGCCUGCUGCAUAAGAUUGUUUGCUGCAGUUAGUGAAAUACACACACAAAAUUGAAUCUUUAAAAUUGUUGUUGGUUAUGGUGUGUGUGUUUUUUAACAUGGCUUUGGUCCAAGAAUUUCAAUGGCAAAGUAAUGACUAUAAAUUAUAAUAUGGACAGGUAUAUGAGCGACAGAAUGACAGUUUGCUUGCUGUUACAUUGUACUAACUGUGCCAUCUCCUGGCUAAUGCCAGAAGUACCUAGGGCACUGUGUAUGUGUUCUGCUGAAAGUGGGGAAAAUAAAAGUAACACAUCUUUCUAGUGGCACCUGCUGAUAUAAUGCAGACAGGGUGCUGUCAGCUCACAACACAUGGUGGAAGCUUUUGUUCUUGCACUGCCUGCUUAAAGCAGAAAUACAACAAAGUGUGUACUGCUCAUUUUGACAAUGGAACUUGUUGAGUUUUAUAGUAAAUAUAUUGUCAAUGUGAUGUUUUCUUCCAGUCAGAAUUUAUACUGUCCCAUAAAAAUCUUCACUGUGGAGUACGUUCACUAUGUGUUAUCUUGCUUUAUAGGAAAUUCGGAGCUGCUAGGUCUCCGUUAAUUGGAAGCAUAUAAUCUUAUUAAUUCCAAGCACUACCUGGCACUGCUUCUUCCAUUUCAGUAAUGGGAAAUACUCUGGAUUUACAGUGGUGUAACUUCGACUAGAUUCCAGCCAUGUAUAUGUAUAAUAUAUACACAUGUUAUACUCACAUUUUAAUGUGACCUGAAAGUUUUAUGGCUAGAAAUCCUUAGAACAUAUUUUUACUUCUCUAAGUAACCGUUGAGUCUAGGUACAGAUCACAGUACACAAGCAGUAGCUGGAUUAUUCUUUUCCAUUAUGAAUAAAUUGUACAUUGAACUAGAAAGUGGUUACCAGCUGAACUGAUGAGCUGUGUGUGGUACAGUAUGUUUACAAAUACUUAGUUUCUCAGAGCUAAAUGAAAAACCCUGUGGCAAAAAUGUUUAUUAAGAACAGUGCUUUGACCCUGAGAGGUGAGAAACGCACUCACAAACACCUUCGAAGUCAGUGGUUUUUCCUUUACUGUCUUACGGUAAUGUACCUUCAGAUUCAAGCUGCUUAUAGCCCAAAGGUUUAAGGUCCUCCUAAGCUGGGCAGGAUCCUUUAUGUUCCAUCCUGGUUAUGUGGCUAGUGUGGAUUUAUUUCAUUUUGUGUUUUAGUGUGGGGCUCAUUAGUGACAUUUUUUAAAUGAGAAACAGUCCCCACUUUUUUACACCAAUUUUAAAUUAGGUCAAAUGUGGGGUUUAAAUUAGUUGAUACCGUACCUUUAGAGAGGGCUGGGGUUAUUUUUCUAAAACAAUCUUAUUGUAUCUAUUUGUUUUAGUACUUCAAAAGUAGAUCAGAACUCUUUCCCCUUUAUCUCUGAGUAGUAAUCUGCAAUACAAAGCCAUUGAUGUGUUUGGGGCAUCUCUUCCUCAUUGCUCUGAGUUGUCAGAAACAUCAAAUUCCCAAAGGAUGAUUUACCAGCCAACUACAUUAAGUGCAAAGAGAGACAGAAAUUUCUUCUUCUUUCAUGUUAAGAAUUGAUUAUUUAUUUGAGUGAAACACAAUAUAUUCAUUGGGCUGAAGGCAAAUGUGCCAUUUUUAAACAUAUAAUGUGGAAAUGUGCAAUCAGUACAAAUGCUGCUUCUUUAGAUUUGUUUAAUAACCAGCUCAUGUGGGGAGCAAGGAUAAUAAAACUUUUUGAGUCAGAAUCUUCGGGGGGAGAAGGGGUGAAGGAGGGACAAAAAGAUAUACCCAUGUAUUCUUUUCCCAUUUCCAGUUUCAGAGCAGACAUUACAUUUGUCAAGAUAGAAAUGUCGUUGAAUAAUGUACUGCAAGACCAGUUUUCAUACCUUUUGAGAUUCAUUCUAUUCAUACAGCAGAUCCAUUAUAUGCCUCUCAUUCUGCUCUGUGUGACACAUAAUUAUGCAUAACAUUACUCAGGAUAUUGGAAAUGGAGUCUCCAUAAUAAAUACAAUUUCUGCUUCCAAAUUAAAUGGAGCUGAUUUCUUGGAGUCAGCUGGUAUAGGGCUGUCAAAUUCUAUUCUCUGAAGAAGCUUGUGUCAGUUAUAAUGAUGUUUAAAAAGGCUCUGAUGAAGACCUGAGUGAGUCAAAACAUUAGCAGUUAAUGGUGCCUAGAUCUAUCUUUGUCAUUCUGGAGAAGAAUAAAUAAAAGGAGACUGGACUUGGUGAAUGGGGACUUCUUACAGUACUUCAAUAGAGCAAUUACUUUACUUUACAAAGUGUCAUUAGGAAUAGAGUAGAAAAUUCAGCCUUCUUGGGUUUAGAGAUAGCAUUAGGUACUGUAUUCAUUGUAUUAGUUGUAGAAAUAUUAAGGACAAAAACAGUGUGUUGUAUUUAUGAAGCAGCAGCAUUGUCUAAUGGUUAGAGCACAAUCUAGGGACCUAGAAUCUAAUCAUGGCUCUGAGACUGACUCACUAUAUGAUCUUAAGUUGUUUAACCUUUCUGUACGUCAUUCCUCCUCUGGAAAAUGAGGAUAAUACAAUCUACACAACACUUGCCUCGCAAAGCUGGGUUCUCAUAAUAAGCACCUUAUCCACACUCUACAUAUGUAAUGCAGCAUACUUAUUAGCCUAUUAAAUGUAGACUAUUCAUUACUAUUAUAUAUUUGUAUAGCACCGUAUUUUGCAUGUUACUUUCCAGGAUUUUUUAAAAUGGUCUUGUCAAGGUUCCUUCCCCACUCUGAACUCUAGGGUACAGAUGUGGGGUCCUGCAUGAAAACCCCCUAAGCUUAUUUUUACCAGCUUAGGUUAAAACUUCCCCAAGGUACAAACUAUUUUACCUUUUGCCCUUGGACUUUUUUGCUGCCACCACCAAGCGUCUAACAGAUAUAUAACAGGGAAAGAGCCUGCUUGGAAACGUUUUUCUCCCCAAAAUCCUCCCCAAACCCUACACCUCCUCUCCUGGGAAAGGCCUGAUAAAAAGCCUCACCAAUUUGUAUAGGUGAACACAGACCCAAACCCUUGGAUCUUAAGAACAAUGAAAAAGCAAUCAGAUUCUUAAAAGAAGAAUUUUAAUUGAAGAAAAAAGUAAAAGAAUCACCUCUGUAAAAUCAGGAUGGUAAAUACCUUACAGGGUAAUCAGAUUCAAAACAUAGAGAAUCCCUCUAGGCAAAACCUUAAGUUACAAAAAGACACAAAACAGAAAUAUACAUUCCAUUCAGCACAGCUAUUUUAUCAGCCAUUUAAACAAAACAGAAUCUAACGCAUAUCUAGCUAGAUUACUUACUGUCAAAGUUUGACUCAGACUCACAAUUUAUCAGACCACUCUGUUUUAUUAGCAAAGCUGCUCUGCUAAUACAUUUAGAAGUGAGCCCCCCAAGUGGGGCUUGUGUGUUUUAAUUUAUACAGUUUUUUGGAGAACAAGUUACAGAGAAGUUACAGACAAAAGAAGAAAAAGAUUUUAGUCACCACCCUUCGAGAUCCCUGAGACCAGUCACGUAUCUUCAAUUACCUGCCACCCUUAACAAUCUCCUUUAACAGCUUCCAGUUAACUUAACUAAUUGCUCUUCACACCUUCCAUUCUGAUGCCUGCUUCUUAGAUGUGCUGGCUCUAUCUUAAUUGCUUCUCCAUUCAAAAGCUAACUGUCCCUAUGUGUGCUCCCUCAGAUACUUUGUAACAUGUUUUGGCAUGCCUUCUCAUAUACAAUGUAUCCAGCAUGUCCCCUUAUACAACGUUAUACAUAUACAAUGUUAUACUGCCACAUUACCAAGUUCUAAGACUCCAUUCCUUUUCUGUUCCUGGACAAAAGCAUCACACAGACACAGAGAGCCUUUGUUUCUCCCCGCCUCCAGCUUCGAAAAUAUCUUGUCUCCUCAUUGGUCAUUUUGGUCAGGUGCCAGCGAGGUUAUCCUAGCUUCUUAACCCUUUACAGGUGAAAGGGUUUUUCCUCUGGCCAGGAGGGAUUUUAAAGGUAUUUACCCUUCCCUUUAUAUUUUUGACAGGUCUGUAGCCCAAAGAGUUUACAGUCUAAAGACCUGAUUGUGAAAUUCCAUGAGAUCUGAAGCAGCAUAUAGCUGCACUGCCAUUGGAAAAGCCAGACCAAAUUGUGCCCCAAAGACUUACUAUUCAGUCCCUGCUCUCCCUUGCUCCAGGAUGGAGGUAAUCUGUGCUACUACUGUACUUCACUUCCCCCUCUACGCCAGCCCAGCUCAGCUGUGCUGCCUGGGAUGUUGCAGGGAACAGGAACAUUUACAAUGAAAGGGAGUAAUAUCUAUUAGAAUUAUUUGAGGGGGUCAACAAGCAUGUAGACAAUGGUGCCUUAGUGACUAUAUUUCAGAGUAGCAGCCGUGUUAGUCUGUAUUCGCAAAAAGAAGAGGACUUGUGGCACCUUAGAGACUAACAAAUUUAUUUGAGCAUAAGCUUUUGUGAGUUACAGCUCACUUCAUCGGAUGCAUUCAGUGGAAAAUACAGACUAUAGUGUACUCAAACUUUCAGAAAGGCUUUGACAAGGUCCCUCACCAAAGGCUACUAAGCGAGUAAGCAGUCACGGGAUAAGAAGGAAGGGCCUUUCAUGGAUCAGUGACUGGUUAAAAGAUAGGAAAACAAAGGACAGGUAUACAUGGUCAGUUUUCACAAUGGGGAGAGGUAAAUAGCAGGGUCCCCUAAGCAGCUAUACUGGGACCUUUGCUGUUAACAUAUUCAUAAGUGAUCUGGAGAAGGGGGUAAACUGUGAGGUGGAAAAGUUUGCAGAUGACACAAAAUUACUUAAGAUAGUUACAUUCAAAGUUGACAACGAUGAGUUACAAAGGGUGACUGGGCAACAAAAUGGCAGAUGAAAUACAGAUAAAUGCACAGUAAUGCACAUUAGAAAACAUAAUCCCAGCUAAACAUGCAAAAUUAUGGGGGUCUAAAGUAGCUAUUACCAUUCAAGAAAGAGAUCUUAGAGUCAUCAUGCAUAGUUUUCUGAAAACAUCUACUCAAUGUGCAGUGGCAGUCAAAAAAGCUAACAGAACAUUAGAAACCAUUAGGAAAGGGACAGAUAAUAAGACAGAAAAUAUCAUAAUGCCACUAUAUAGAUCCAUGAUAUGCCCACACCUGGAAUACUUUGUGCAGUUCUGGUUACCUCAAAAAUAUAGAUUAGAAUUGGAAAAAGUACAGAGAAGGGCAACAAAAAUUAUGAGGGGUAUGGAACAGUUUCCACAUGAGGAGAGAUUAAAAAGAUGGGUUCUUCUUAGAAAAGAGACUAUUAAGAUGGGAUAUGAUAGAAGUAUAUACAAUCAUGGCCGGCAUGGAGAAAAUGAAUAAGGACAUGUUAUUUACCCCUUCACAUAACACAAGAACCAGGGGUCACCCAAUGAAAUUAAUAGGGAGCAAGUUUAAAACCCACAUAAGGAAGUACCUUUUCACACAAUGCACUGACAACCUGUGGAACUCAUUACCAGGUGGUGAUGUGAAUGCCAAAAAAUUCAACUGCGUUCAAAAAUAAUUAGAUAAGUUGAUGGAGGAUAGGUCUAUCCAUGGCUAUUAGCCAAAAUAGUCAGGAAUGCAACUCCAUGCUUUGGGUGUCUCUAAACCACCAACUAUGAGAAGCUGGGUCUGGAUGAUUGGAUGGAUCCCUCAAUAAUUGUCCUGGUCUGUUCAUUCCCUCUGAAGUAUCUGGCACCAGCCACUGUCAGAAGACAGGAUACUGAGCUAGAUAAACCAUUGGUCUGACCAGGUAGGGCCACUUACGUUCUUAGGAAAGGGAGAGAGAUAAUAUGACUCACAUUGUUAUAUAAUAGGAGAGCCAUAUAAGUUCUGAUUCUUUUAAGCAGAGGCUGAGAUAGGGCAAGAGGGGAGAUGGCCUGGAACCAGCCACCAAAUGUGGAAAAGAAGGUGAAAGAAGUGGGGUUUGAAAAGAGAUUUGAAGGCUGCAAGUGAGGACAUGUGGCCCACAGGAAGGGGAAUGUCCUUCCAUGUACUGCAACCAAUGGGGCAAAGGCACAAGACAAGGAAUAGGGCAAAGCAGGAAGAGCACCAGGGCAAGCUGGGGAGCACCUCCAGAUGAUAAAAUGAGCUGCUGAAGGCAGGAGAAGAGCCAGGCAGGUUGAAAAAUGAGAACAGGAAGCUUGGUCUGUACAAAAAACUGUAUCACCUCCCACCUUCCUAUUGUCUUGCUCCUUCCAGGUGUGCUGUGAGGGACUGUCCUGGGGAAGGUGUAUCAUUUGCUCUGAUUUGUCUUUUACUCUGAGAGCACAAAGGAGAAAAUAUUUAUUAAACACAGUGUUCUCAAAGACUCUGUCACUUUGUUCACACACAACUCUUUGGACUAUAUUUGUACUGUAUUGUUUCGCUUAUCUUUUUCUUAGUGUAUUGGUUUAGAUCUGUAUUGGAUGGGUUUACUUGAAAGACAAAUAAAGGACUUGCACUACCAGGAAUUCUGUU